CCUGCCUUGACCCCACCGUUUCUGUCUCUGGGCCCCAGUCUCCCCAUUUGUGCUGAAUGAGCCCUAAGGGCUCCUCCAGCUCCAGAAGGCUUCCUGUUGGACCUUGCUGCGUCUUUCUUGGUCUGGUCCAAGUGCUGUGGGUCACUGGACACCUGAGGCUCACAGCCCAAAGGGCAUAACCCAAGGGCCCUUUUCUUUGGCUCCUGUCUCCAUCUAGAGGUAGGCACCGGGAGUGCAAGUAACUUCGCACCCUCCCUCCACCCAAGCAAGCGUCUCUCCUACAUCACCCUCGGCCCUGUGAUUAAACACUCACCACGUGCCAGACACUGGACUAAGCACUUCACAUCUUUACACCACCCAAUCCUCAUACAACAUUCUGGGGUAGGUUUUACCAUCCCCAUUUUACAAAUAGGAAAGCUGAGGUUCAGGGAGGUUGAAUUGCUCUAAAUGACACAGCAGGGUGCAGCAAGAAUUACAUCCCCCAAGUUAUCUCAGUAAUAAAACAUACACUCUUAACUGCAAUACUGCUCUGCCAAGCUUCAGGGAGGCCUGUUUAAAAGCCACCUGCUGUCAACUCUCCGGAGAGGAGGAGACGUUUCUGAACUUCUCUCUGCCCCUGGAAGUGCCAAGGUGAGGCCCUGAACAGCAGAGGCUCGGGUAACAGACAAAACUAUGUUAAAAUCCCAGCUGCUCCUCUUGGCUGUGAGACCUGAGAGGCAUCUUCGUGGGGCUCAGUUCCACCAUCUGAAAAGUUAAAUGAGCUCAGAGAUGUGAAAGACCUGCCCAAGAAGCUCAAUGAAGGUCAGUGUCCUAGACACUGUGGCUCUUUCUCUUGCCCUGUUAACAUCCAAGACUGAAGUCACUGGGGACAAUGAGGGGAGGCCCAGAGGAGGACUUCGGCUUUGAUUCUACAUGAUACGGCACGGGGAGACUCUGAGCUGAGGUGCGACAUGACAUGACUUGAUAUCCUAAGAGGAUUUUGCCUUGUUAACACUAAUGAAGACCAGUGCAGAAGAAGCAGUCAGGAGGCCAUUGCAAUGACCCAGCCCACCAAGACAUGGCGUCAAAGAUCUUCUGUUGUUGCUGCCCAGCCAGCGAGGGGUCCUCUACCACUGCUGUCUCACGUAGUCCCAGGAUAUCCCAGCAGCAUCAGCCGCGGUCCUUCAAUCUGAACACAGAUUCUCGCAAGAAUGGUUUCCAAAAGAGAUACGCACACCACCCCGCCAACAACUGGAUACUGAACAGAUGCACUCUUGGGAGGCCCUGAGCAUUCUAGUCGGCAGCGCCCAUGCUGUGUGGCUGCUCGAGCAGCUCCUCCAGGAGGAAGGGGGCGGUGAGCAGGAGGCUAUGAAGAUGGAUUCAGAAACUCCCCUGGAGGAGGAGGAGAUGUCUGAGCCACCCCUGUGCCACCAGCAAGAGUCACGCCAGCCACUGCGGGAGGGGCUGCAUCCAAUUAAAGUCUCUGGUUGCAUCA